UUAUAUCGGGGCACAGGAAUGUAGAAAAUCCAUCUCCAGCGUCUCAAACAAUCAUAUGACUGAAAUAUUGUUCGCGGGAGCGCGCUUCAUUCACUCGAAACUAUCGCCUCGUGACGACGUAUCCAGCUGCAGAUAAACCACAUGUAUUACGAAAUACCAUAUGUUGUCUGAUAGAAUCUGAACUAGAUCCGAAACUCCGCUUCUAUCCUCAUCUGGAUGUACUCGAGUUUCCUCGCGGGGGAGGAGCAGCAUCUUUUCCACCACAGAACCACGUCACUCUGUCAAACUUCCAGAUUUUUAUGAAAACUUGAGCCUGCGAGAUUCAAGACCCUUCCUUUUUAUUUCUUCCUGGAGGAUAUCUAGGUCGCUGCAAAGAGAUGCAGACUGGAUUUAGAUUAAAUUUGACCCCCGUUAAAGAGCCUCUGGGUUUUGUUAAACUCGUGGAGUGGCUCUCGGCCGUGCUUGCAUUCGGGACGUGUGGAGGUUAUACUGGCAGAAAUGUGGUUUCCAUCUUCUGCGGCGGAAGCAGCAAUGAAACCCUCAGUGCCACUUUCACCUACCCAUUCAGGUUAAACCAGGAGCUGCUGGUGGAGAACACCACCACUCUUUGCAACCACACAGUUCCUGUAACCCAUCUCGUAGGAGACUCGUCGUCUUCGGUGGAGUUUUUCGUGGCUGUGGCCGUCUUGGCUUUCCUCUAUUCAAUGGUGGCUCUGCUGGUCUAUCUGGGCUACAUGCAUGUGUACCGAGACUCAGACUUCGGCCCUAUGUUUGAUUUCGCGCUGACAGCAAUCUUUGCGUUCCUGUGGCUGGUGUGCUCGUCUGCCUGGGCUCGAGGGCUGCAGACGGUGAAGGACGCCACCGGUACGGCUGGCAUUCAGUCCACUCUGGCGUUCUGUAAGGAACAAGAUGUCAAAUGUGAAGUCACUGAGUACGCCAGCCUGCGCUCGCUCAAUAUAUCUGUGAUAUUUGGUUUCUUGAAUCUGAUCAUAUGGGUUGGGAACGCCUGGUUUGUGUAUAAGGAGACGCGCUGGCAUUCUCAGAAGGUCAGUGCUCAGCAAGCGGCGGGACGAGGUCCAAAUCCAGCCCCCAACUAAACAAUUAUCCCACAGCAGAACACCUUAGCCUUCAUGAAAAUUACACAGUGACCGGUGAUGCUCCUGGAAGACCAAUAAUCAUAUGACUCUCAUGUGUGAUAUUUCUCUCUUCUCCUGUUCUGUUUUACACCUUCAACUUAUUGUGUACUUGAAGAAAAUAUCUUCUUUUUUUUUGUUUUUACCUUAGUUAUAUUUCGUAAGCAUGCUUUUUUGAACUUUUAAUGGAACUAAAACAUGUUUUGAAUGUACUUGGACUUAUAUGAUCUAUUCUUGUCAAAUCAAGUAUAAAAAUCUUGUUCGAUUUGUCAACCUCAAUACAUUUCAGUUUAGCAUAGCAGCAUUUCUGUGUAUUUUUGCAUUUACAAACCAAAUUCCAGUCUUUUCCAGUCGUUUGUGUUCAGGUGUUGCGUUUAAAUGGUUAUCUAUGGAGUUUUAUGCAGUUUUAAGCAUCAAUCACAUUUCUGAUGGUUUUCUCUCUGUUCUUGUUGUGCUUCGUUUUUUUUUUUUUUUUUAUGUCAUUUUUUGGUCAAUAAAACUGACUGUGAAGUGCACCUGGUAGUGUUUGUAUACAUUGCAGGACUCUGUGCUUCUGGGGAGAAAGUGUGAUUUCUUCCCCAAAUAAAUCCUGGCUUCCUUCUGGUAUAA